AUGGCCCCGCCCGGCACCGCCUUCCGCCGCCCGCCGGGCACGCAGCCUCGCCCGGUCGUCGACCUCGACAGCGACGAGGACCCACCCAUACACUACAGCAGCGAUGAGGAGGGAGGCACGCAGGGACGGUCGAACAUCAAGCCGACGAGCUUCACAAAGGGCGGCCGGGGCCUGGACUCUUCACCAAACCAGAUCAGCGAGUCGCCUCGUGCCCCGUCGCGGGUCGGCGGCGGCGGGGCCCCGACGGCGUUUAUGAAUCUCUUGUCGGGCCUGCCCGCCCAGGCCGCGACUGCCCCCCAAGGCCGUCCCCGCGACCUAGGGGCUUCCGCAAAGACCCUCGAGGACAUUCUCGACCCCAGCUUGCGGGAAAAGGUGAAACAGGUCAGCCGAAUUGUCCCCAAUCACAGCAUUCAAGACGUCAUAGACGUCCUACAGAGGAAGAAGGGUCACGUACAGGACGCGAUGACCUACCUGAUGGAUCAAGAAGACGAGGCCAUCCGCCCGGACUCGUCGCAGCCGCAGCCGCAGCCACAUCGUCCUUCGGUCAAGCAGCAGGUCACCGCCCCCAAACAGUCGAUCGCGGAACGGUAUAGCAGUCGAAAGGAUCCCGUCCACCAGCAGCCCGUCGUGGAGAUCUCCGACGACGACGCCGAGGUGAGACCGAAACGGCGCCUCAUGCAAGGCCGGAAGCCGGGCGCGCGGCGGUCUUCCUCGCCCCCACAGGUCGUCCCGCCGCCGGCGGCCGCCGCCGCACCGACGAAGGGGAAGGCUCCGAUCACCAUCACGUCGGACUCGGAACCGGAAGCGGUCGACGACGAGGUCACAGAUAGCGAAGCGGAGCAGGAGGACGACGAGGGAUCGGGCACAGACCACGACGAGAAGCUCCUCAUGUUCCUGAACGAGUGCUCGGUCCGCGAUCUCGCCGAGCUCUGUGCGCAACCCGAGGAGACGAUCACGCAGGUGUUAGACAAGCGUCCCUUUCGCGACCUCGACUCCGUCCGGGACAUCUCCAUCACGUCGGCCACAAAGUCCGGCAAGAAGUCGCGUGCGAGACCGGUGGGGGACAAGCUCGUGGAGGACUGCAGCGCGAUGUUGCGGGGCUACGACGCCGUGGACGAGCUGGUCAAGUCCUGCGAGAAACUGGCCGAGCCGGUUCAGAAGGCGCUGAAGGCCUGGGGCGUGCGAGAGACCUCCGAAGGCGAGCUGCAGCUGAUGAACCUCGACGAAGCCCACGACUCUGGCAUCGGCACGCCCUCGAGCGUGAGCCACGCUGAGGACGGCGCGAGAGGCGCCAGCCAGGGCGCGACGAAGGCCAGGGGCACCUUUAUCCGACAGCCGCCGAACAUGAACCCGGAGUACACGCUGAAGGACUACCAGCUGGUCGGCAUCAACUGGCUGAACCUGCUCUUCACCAAGGAGACCUCGUGCAUCCUCGCCGACGACAUGGGCCUCGGGAAGACCUGCCAGGUCAUCGCCUUCCUGGCGUACCUGCAGACCCAGCGGGUCGAUGGCGUGCACCUGAUCAUCGUGCCGGGAUCGACCCUCGAGAAUUGGCUCCGCGAGUUCGAGCGGUUCGCCCCCGAUCUGCAGGUCCGGCCCUACUAUGGCUCGCAGGCGGAGCGGGAGGAGGUCCGGUACAGCCUCGAGCAGGACUUUGACCAGCUCGACGUCAUCGUCACGACCUACGACAUGGCCGUCGGCCCGGAGGACAACAAGUUCCUGCGGAAACUGGGGCCCUUCUCCGUCUGCGUGUACGAUGAAGCCCACGCCCUGCGCAACCCCAAGUCCAACCGAUAUCAGCAGCUCGUGCGCAUCGGCGCAGACUUCAAGGUGCUCCUGACGGGCACGCCGCUGCAGAACAACCUGCAGGAGCUCAUCGCCAUCCUGGCGUUCAUCAUGCCGGACAUGUUCCAGAACAAGAAGGACGACCUGGAGUACAUCUUCAAGCACAAGGCGAGCACCAAAGAUACCGACGCCGCCGCCCUGUUCUCGAGCGAGAGGAUCGGGCGGGCGAGGACCAUGAUGACCCCGUUCAUCCUUCGCAGGAAGAAGCAUCAGGUGCUCGACCUCCCCGCCAAGCGCUGCCGGGUCGAGUAUUGUGACAUGACCGACUCGCAAGCCGACUUCUACAGCAGCGUCAUCAGCGAGGCCCAGGACUUCUACGCCCAGAAGGCGACCGGGGGCAAGGUCACCGCCAAGGCGAGCUCCAACGUGAUCAUGUCCCUCCGCAAGGCGGCCAUCCACCCCCUGCUGUCGAGGCACAUCUACGACGACCGACGCAUCGACCGCAUCGUCGCGGUGCUUCAGAAGUCCGACGAGUUCGGCGGCAACCCGCCCGACAAGAUCCGCGCAUACAUCACCGGCGAUGCGGCACAGUCCCUGAAGGGCGGUGACUACGGCAUCCACCGUUUCUGCCUCGAACGGCCGAUCCUGGGCAAAUUCGCCCUGAAGCGACAGGAGUGGAUGGACUGCGGCAAGGUGCUCCGCUUCAAGGAGCUCGUCACAGCAUACGCCGCCAGCGGCGAUCGCGUCCUCGUCUUCAGCCAGUUCACCACCGCCAUGGACAUCCUCGAACAGGUCCUGGAGACGCUCGCCGUCAAGUUCGUUCGUCUGGACGGGUCCACCAAGAUGGAUCUGCGGCAGGAGCUCAUCGACACGUUCUACAACGACACGGAGAUCACAGUGUUCAUGCUGAGCACGCGCGCCGGCGGGGCCGGCAUCAACCUCGCCGCGGCCAACAAGGUGAUCAUCUUCGACAGCGGCUUCAACCCGCAGGACGAUGUGCAGGCGGAGAACCGCGCCCACCGCGUCGGUCAGACGCGCGAGGUGGAGGUCGUGCGGUUGGUGACUCGCGGCACCAUCGAGGAGCAGAUCCACGCCCUGGGCGAAUCGAAACUCGCCUUGGACGAACGGGUCGCGGGCGACGCGUCGGCCGCGUCCGAGGACAAGGCCCGCGAGAAGGUCGGCGAGCAGCUGGUCGAGAAGAUGCUGGUCGAGAAACUGCAGGACACUCAGGGCGACGUGCCCCCCGUCGAUGCUGACGCGAAGGAAUCCAAGGGGAAGAACAAGGCCAGGCCGCGCAAAGCCGAGGGUCCUGCCGCCUCUGGGAACACGUCCCAGGAGACCGUCAAGAGAGCAGGGGGCGACCUACGGGAGGCGUUCCGGGUCGGGUUGGAGGAGAAGGGUGUUAAGGUGAAAUCGAAACAGGCGGUGCUUUAA